AUGCCCCACUCGGAUGACGGCAAAGAUGCUUUCGUGGAAGACGAUCCCAAGAUCGAUCCCACAAUCGUCAAAGAGCAAGAGGUUCUCGCCGACUAUGAUUACACAGAGGAAGAGAGCCGGGCCUUGACCCGCAAGCUGGACUGGCAUAUCCUCCCCUAUCUGUGGUGGGCAUACAUCUUCAACUCCCUCGAUCGUUCCAACGUUUCCAAUGCCAAGUCCGACGGCAUGACUACCGACCUCAAUUUUCCCAACGAAGGCUACUCUCUCAUGCUCACCAUCUUCUUCAUUCCCUUCUGCUUGCUCGGUAUUCCCGGUGUGAUGCUUACGAGGAAGGUGGGGCCAAGAUGGACUGUGCCGGGUUACAUGAUUGGAUGGGGAAGUAUGGCAGCCAUCUGUGCGGCUUGCAAGAACUUUGGAUCGAUUCUAGCUGUACGGAUCUUGCUGGGUGCAUUUGAAGCCGGUUUUGCAGCCAGUCUGGUCUUCUAUCUCACCACCUUCUACACUCGUGGCGAGCUGGGCAGACGUGUCGCAAUCUUCUACUCUUGCAAUGCCCUUUCCGGCGCCUUUUCCGGACUCAUCGCCUACGGCGUCUUCCAGAUGGAGUCUUCCUUGCACGGCUGGCAAAUCCUCUUCCUCAUCGAAGGUGCUUUUACUGUGGGCUUUGGGAUGGUCGUGGCAGUGAUGCUGCCUUGGUCUGUCGACUCUGCGAGGUUCUUGACAGCGAGGCAGAAGGAAGUGGGCCGACUGAGAAUCCUGAGGGACGGUAGUGCGGAGACAGGGACAAAAUUCAGUAUGUCCGCUUUCUUCAAGCCUGUGAAGGACUGCAAGUUCUGGGUCUUUGCUGGUAUCGGGUUGUCAUACGGGACCGCCACCUCCAUGGCCAGCAACUUCCUCACCCAGAUUGUCUCUCGCUUCGGCUACUCUGUCGUCAAAACCAACCUCUUUACCGUCGCUCCCUAUGUCACCGGUACCCUUGUCCUGCUCAUCACCUCCUACUCAUCCGACCACUAUCGUGAACGUGCAUUCCACCUCGCUUCCGCGCUGGUAUGGGUCAUAGUGGGGUGUUUGAUAUUAGUGGCGAUACCGGUUUCGAGUGUGGGGGUGGGCUACUUUGCAGUAUUUUUGAUUACGGCUGGGGCGUUCACGCCGUCCGUUCUGUUCCAUACGUGGCAUCAGAAUAACGAUGCGACGGAAGAUGGUCGCGCUUUUAGGGUUGCAGCACUCAGUAUGUCCCUAGUCUGUCUCCCUGCUGACUGAACUGACAUUUUUUCCACAGCCUUCCUGGCAAACGCUGGUGGAUUUGUCUCUUCCAACAUCUUCCUCGAUAAAUGGUCUCCCGCCUACCACAUCCCUCUCGCCAUUACCUGCGGUAUGGAAGGACUUGGCCUCGUCUUGAUCAUCGGCCUGGGGUUGUGGAUGAGGUGGGAUAACAAGAGGAGGAAUCAGGAGCAGGGAGUGCAAUGGUCGUCCGAGGAUGUGCCUACAGAGGUAUUGAAGGACGGUCCCAGAAAUCCGAGUUACAGGCACUUUGUUUGAUUUGUUUUGAGCUGUAUGUAGGGGGGUUGUAAUGGAU